AUGAGAUAUAUAGUACAACAAGCUACAGGACUUUUUCACCUCGAAAACGGAAAUAUUUCACUGAAAAACGGCGAAGGCAAAAUUCAAGUAAAUCUCAGAACGGUAUCAUAUAACGAAGCGAUCAGCAGCAUUUUUACCCUGGAUCAAGAUCUCGUCUUCAACAUAACGGUAUCUUUGCGUUCGGCUAUCUUUGUUCAAAUUUCAAAUCACGAGAUUUUUUUGUCAUCGUUAAUGGAAGGAUCUAAUAUUGUUACUGUGGGACUGUUUCAAACGAAAGCAAAUCCGUUUAGUCAGGUAAGGUCACUUGCUAAAACGCUUUUCUUUCGAGGUCGUUGAAAACUUCGUUGUUCAGACACACGUACAAUAUUACAUAAAUGGAUUAUAUACAUUUCAUUGUUAGCGUUACAAAACAGGAACAAAGGAAGGUUAAGUAUGCCACUUUUGUUCAAGUUCUUUUUGCAUUGCUGUGGUUAUGUUUAAUUGAUUUUUUUCUUCAAAUUUUUAGCUGUUUGUAAUCUGAUGAAUGUUUUCUACUAUAACUGAUUUGGCAUCUCCUCAGUUUUGUGCUUGCAACUAAAAAUGUAUUAUCUAAACAAAAGCAGACUCGCUUUUUCCACCUUGUGAGACAUAAAAAUUUAAGUUUUUAACAAAAAAAUAUGAGCCAGUUGUAUCGUAUCAUCUGAAUUCCAAAAGAAGUAUUGCAAAUUGUCAUCCGAAAAAUCAUUUACUUCAGGAAAAUUCCAGAACAGGUGGAUAAUUGAGCUAUUGGCAUCUUUUCAGGGUCUCACUGAACAACAAGUAAAUACUAGGUUUCCUCUGGUCAUGUCGCAGCUAAGUAUGUAAAUACCAUUUUUGGCUUUCGGCUUCUUUAUAUAACUAGCAUUGUUUUUGAAAACGCCCUCAGCAAAAAUAGCAGCCAUUUAACUGAAAACAUACCAAAAGGGUACGUUUCUUACAUAUGAUAAGCCUAAAAUCACCCUAAGAAAUGAAAUGGAAAGAAAAAAUGGGGAGAGGGAGAAAGCCAAGGUUGAUAACACGCUCCGCGAUGAGCAUAAUUAUGAAUUCAGGAUAUACUAAAGCCAAAUCCGAUAACUGCUAUUAUUAUUAAACCUAUUUAUUUUGAAAUUAUACAUCAGGAACGUCCUGUUAGCUUUACAAGAAUAGCUUCUCCGUCAAUAAUUGACUACGCAUGUACUAUAAAAGACGUCUUGAAGAAAAUGGGCUGGCGCAUACUCUGCUUGGUAUUGUCCGCUGAUUACGAAGGAACUGUGUUCGCGGGCGAAAUGAUCAAGUAUAAAAAGAAAGAAAAAUGGAAUAUUCUGCACAUAGUUUGGGUACCUAGGUGCUGGGAAAAUGGCACCGAACUCACAUCCAUGUUAAAAGACGUCCUUUCAAAUGAAAGUGACGUAGUGAUUGUCCACAUGCGGGAUUCCCGCAAUGAUGAGAUAUUCCAGUUGCUUGAAAUGCUGGGCGUCAAAAAUUCUCGAUCCUCUUGGCUGCUAACGGACAUUACUACCUUUGGGGUAUCGAUAGUGAAUCUUCCUGCUGGAUCUGUGAAAAUAUCUCCGUGGACUACUCUUAACCGUGAUUAUAUGGUGCAUGCGCUAUACGACGCUGUUAACCUGAUUGCACUGUCGGCAGCGGGUGCAAUAGAGACGUCUGGUAGCAACGAGAUAAUUAAUCACCAAACGAUAAAUAAUGACUCUAAGGCCCUGCAGCGUUCGUUCAAGCAGUAAGUUUUAUAAGGUGUUCAGUUUUCUUUUCUGCUUGUAGAGUUUCCUUCAUACGUAUCGGUUUUCGGUAUUUGCUCCAGGGAUUCCACACUUAACAGUCGAGAGGGACACUGGGCCGAGUUAACGUUCGUAAAGACUUCUGGGAUUGUUACUAGGGAUAGGGGAAAAACUGGCCAAUAGCUGACCGGUAAAUUCCCAAUCACGAUACCAAAAACAAUUGCGGGACGCAUCUCGGCUCCAGCUCCCUUCUCCCCAAUUCUAAAGCGGCCAAUUGGCUUUCUGAGUUUCACCGAUUUUUUUCCCCAACUUCAGGGCUUCAGGGUUCAGCAUAAAAAACCGUAGGCUCCGUGUGUGCUGCCUUGGAAAGGAUGCUUGCAUCAUGGUCAUGUGACGUUUUCAAGGGGAUUUGCCCAUACGGAGUUUGGCAAGCUAUAAAUCUAUUACAAGACUUAGCGGAAUGAAAAUGACCAUUGCAACUCCACACUUCAUUUUACAAUCAACUGGAAAAUGCUACUGUUCCCACCAACCCCCCGCCCCAAAAAAGUAGUUAUCUCAGAAUUAGAGUAGCUAAAUAUUGUUACUUCAAUUCCUCUAGGAUGACAAGAAACACCUUUUUCCAGGGAAAAACCUCCAUUUUCGAGAAUCUAACUAUGCGAAAGGGGCAUUUCGCCACAAUGGACAUUUCACAUCUAGAGCAAGAUCUCAAUGGUGUAAAACACUGGACCGCUAUUGGCCUUAGUACAUAUUCAGAAAUCGCUAUAGCGCCCUUCAAGGCUCCAAAUGGACAAAUCCAGUUUCCACUCCUGGAACCUUAUAGGCCCAUUCUGCGAGUUCCUGUAGUUUUUAAUCCUCCUUGGGUAAUGGCCGCCGAGCGUAUAGAAACAUAUGACAAGGAACUAAAGUGUACGGAAAGGGAACACAUCUGUUACAACAAAACCGCAUCAAGCAACAAAACCUUGUGCUGCUUCGGAUUCUCUAUAGAGUUAUUAAAAAUACUUCAGCGCGAACUGCAAUUUGUUCCGGAAAUUUACUUCGUUGCUGAUGGAUUCUAUGGUAUCUUUGACGAAAAGACAGGAAACUGGAACGGAAUUGUCCGGGAAUUGGUUCUAGGUAUAGGGGAUCUGGCCCUCGGUUUGUCUUUGAGCGGAAAACGAGCCGAAUACAUCGAAUUUUCUUGGUCUUACUUACCCCUUGCUCUGAACGUAAUUGUGGAGAAAAGGGAUAUUGGACCAGGUGAGAUGAAGAAGACUUCGUUUUGUUUUCCUUGUUUACUGACACUUGAAUAAACGUUUUAGAGAACCUACCGGAAAUAGCCCACGAGCAAGCUCUCCGGGGCGCUCUGAUCUCUGGGUGGGGCGGUAAAAGAAAGGAGAGUUUGCAACUACGUCUCUGGAAUUUGAAUUCCACCUCCAUUUCCCCUUUGGCUUUCCGUCGACUGAGCUGUCAAAUUUCCGCCAAUCGGCGCGAAGCGGAAACUAGCGCGAAUGUAAACAAACACUGAAAAACAUGUGCCAAAGGUAAUGACGUCAUUAGUAAUGCCAUCUCCUCCAAUCAGCAUUUUGCAUCGACUUUUUCGAUGCAGAUGUUCAAAUUCCAGAGAGGUAGUUGCAAGUUCUCCUUCCUUUUCGCGCCCCGCUGCCAGAGCGCCCCGGAGAGCUUGCUCACAGGCUAACCAGAAAUUGAGGAUAUAACUGCGAUGAAACCAUUGAUCUCUUUAAUAUGAAGGUCUUUGAGUUGUAUGGCUCCCAACAUGUCGCCCCAUGUAAGACCAUGUAAUCCAAGACUGUCUUGGAUUCUAGAUUCUCCACUGUGGAUUCCGAAUUCCUUGUCAGUGGAACUUGAAUCCAGAUUCCAAUCGUUUGCGGGAUUCCAGAUUUCUUUAGCUGAAUUCCGAUUCCAAAGGCUACGAUUCCGAAUUCCACAAGCAAAACCUUCCGGCAUUUCAGAUUUCACAGCAAGAUUUGCCUGCAUUCCGGAAUCUGGACACGGUAGUGGGUAGGAGAUUAACUUAAUACUCAACUGGUGACUCAAACGCUCGUUUCUUUAAUGGCAGCUGAAUUCAACUUUAAAGGUACUUAUAGCAAAACGAACACAAGGCAAGUCACCUGAUCUAUAUGACAUCACAACAUGUCACAGCAAAAAAAAAAAAACAGCAUGGGCUGAUUUAUUUGAGGCCAAUAUUUUGGCUAAGAAAAUCAGUUUUGUUUUAAUCCCCCCUUCAAGUGACGUCUGGCAUUAGUAUCUCUACAUAAGAGAUCCGGCAAGAAAGAACCAACAUUAACCACAAAGGACUGCAAAGGACCGCAAACGAAUAUGCCGAAGAACGUAGGAUCUAUAAAGACCUGGCCUCGGUUGUUCAAACGUUGGAUAGCGCUAUCCACCGGAUAAAUCACUAUCCAGCGGAUAAGUAUUACGGAAAUCAAUUACGCUAUCCACUGGAUAGUUAUUUAUCCGGUGGAUAGCGCUAUCCGACGUUUGAACAACCGGGGCCUGAUCAGCAAAAAUGAAAAGUAGACAUAUUAAAUCCUGCAAGAAGAAUACUGCAAUGCUGAUCGUACUACGUGAAAAAUAUCACGUAGUACGAUCAGCAUUGUAGUAUUCUGCUUGCAGAAUUUAAUAUGUCUAAAAAAGAACCAGUCGGUUUUAUAUAAAACCGACUGGUUUUAUAACUUGAUGUAAAGCGCAUUUGAUCAUGCUCCAUAGAAAAUUGCGCUAUAUAAGUUCUAAUUAGUUGUAAUUGUGAUUGCAUAGGGGGGGCCUCUCCCGUUUUCUAUUAAAAACAAAAGCUCAGCGAACGAGGAUGACCCAAAUUACGGCUUCCUCAACGAACAUCGCCUAACUUAUGUCAACUAUUAAUAACUGAUUAUGUUCGAUACAUUUAAUUCAAGGUGUUCAUUGGUUUUCGUGGUUGAAGCCCUUCGAUUUCUGGCUAUGGCUAACUAUUGGGGGCACCAAUAUGGUCAUAUUGCUUGUUAUUUGGUGGCUUGAUAGAAGGAGUCCACGCGGACAUUAUCAUUUUUUCAAGGAGAGUGACGAAGAUGGUUUGACCUUGUUGGGUAGGUUCCCAUCAGUUAAUCCUUCAUUAAUUCAAAAUACGAUUUGCUGCUUACAAACCUAAACGCUUAAAACUGAAAGCUAAUGAGGUUGCAUGGCCAUUCCACAUUGAACGAAAACGAUCAAAGUGGAAGUCAGAAGGUUAAGUUUCAGAUGGUUUACCUCCAAGCAAGCAUCAUGGCACUUGUUCCUGCAUUCUGUAUGAUUGUUUGUAAUAUAUUUCUCUUGUGUGCUAGAUUCCAUGAGCUAUGUAUGGGGGGUGGCCUUUGGCAAAGAGAUAGGGGCGGCGAAAACGCCUCGCAGCUUAAGUGCGAGAUUGGUAUCAUCCGUGUUUGCAUUCCUGGCACUGAUUCUUAUCAACUCUUAUUCGGCGAACUUGAUGGCUUUCUUGGUACAGGAAAACUUUUUGCUGCCUAUUAAAGGUAUAAAAGACCCAAAGGUAUGCAGUUGGUUUAGUUACCAUCUUGGUUUUGUUAGUCACCAGGCGCUUUUAAAAACAUAUUUAGUAGCCUUUUCCAGGCGGUCAGUUAGUGGGGGCAACGCGAAGAGAAUUUGAGCAGGAAAAAAACAUUGAAUGGGGGGCGGAGAGUAGGGAUAGAAGGAACGUAAGUCCCCUCUCGCCCCCUCUCCUCUUCCCUUGUUUUCUCCGCUUCCCAUUUCGUUCCACCCUCCACUAUCUCAACACCUGGAACAGGCUACGUUUUUAGGUUAACUGGCUUUCUAAGUAAUUUUGUCCCAAGGCGUUCCUCCCAGAUUCAAAGGGAAAAGUCCCCGGCCGAGACGGUUGCUCUGCACUAGAUGAACUUCUCAAACUCUGACAUUCAUGGUUUUAACUGAAAAUUAAUUGCUUCUGUAAUUGAGGUUGUAAAUCGGAUCCUUAUUCCCUUUUGAACUUAUCCUCCUCGCUCACGUGGUCCGUGACCUGAAACGAAUUGGCUGCGCAAAAUAAUGAGACCUAGGGACUAGACAAAGGCUGCCUCGUUUCCUAAUUUGGUAGUGUCUGGAUGUUGUCUGAAUGUCUUCUUCUUGUAAAGGUAUAGUUAAUACCUCCAACGCUUUGGGCUGGCUGAAAUCAGAGAUUAGUUAAGGUAAAAUUGACUGUCAGAAACAAUGUAGCCUGAACUCAGACAUCAAGCCAAAAUACGGUAGGAAGGCUGAAAUUUGGCCCUUAAAUGUUACAUUAUUUUUUGGCAGUAGUCCGGCUUUUUCUUCUUCGCAUAUAUCCUGAAAUCUUCUGUCAUUUUCUCCAGCUCUACCAAAACACCUGAGCUACCGUAACUUCUGCUGUCCUUGUUUCUUUUGAUAUCUCUACAAAUGACGUCAAUUGUACUGAUAUAAGUAGUAUAGGGAGCACCGGUUACUCCGUGUUUUUGCGGGGGAAUCUCGUUGACUUAUGGGGCAAUAUAUUGACGCUGAUGACGUCAUAGCCUUUUGUCUUUAACCUUGACCCGUUAAACCUGCUUAUCAUGUUGUAGUUUUAUUUAACCGGGACGACAGAUUUUCUAGUGAUUUUUAGGUCGAUGGAUGUCUUGGCUUUAAUAAUGUCAUGACGUCAUCAGCGUUAACGUCUUCCUUUACAAGUUAAUAAGAUUCCCGCGCAGAAAACGGAGUAACCGGUGCGCCCUAUACUACUGAUAUUGGCAAACGCCUUUCAAAUUUGGUCAAAGGUUGCCAGUCGAGAAGAACUAACUGGAAGAUAUAUAAUGUUGUACGUUAAUUGCCUUUCAGCUAAGGGACCCAUCUCUUCAUCCGCCAAAUGGAUUCCAAAUUGGUAUCCUGCAAGGUUCCUUUACUGAAAUGUAUUUUAGGAUUAACAUUCACCAUGAAUUUCGCCAACUUUAUAACAACAGCCUAAAAGUGAAAACAUUUGAUGAAGGGAUAAACAAACUUAACAAAGGGUAAGUUAGUCUCAUUACAAUAUCAAGCAUUCAGCUAAUUUGGUACCCAUAUCCCCAAGGUAAAGUGAGUGUUAUGAGGAAAUUAAGGACCAAAUACUUGCAUAGUACAGUAAAAGGAUUCGGGUCUGAUCAACUGAGACAACACAAUAGGGAGCUUAAGCAACGAGGACGGCGACGGCUACGAAAACGUUACUUAAAAAGUGAAUUCGCGCUGCCUCAAGCUUUAUCGCGCUUAUACCAUCUGGUUUAACUCGUCAAACGUAGUCAAAUUUUGGAAUUGAAUUCUAAAGGACUGUAUCCAAGUUCAAGAAAUGAAAAAAAUAGAAAAAAAGGCUGCCGUCGUUGUUUACGCUCCCUAAUAACUGACAGGCGCGUCUCCAGUUACGAUUCCAUAAACAAUUGCGGGACGCAUUUCGGUUCCAUUGUUUCUACAGUGGUGGAUUUCUACUCACGCUUCGCUCUGCAAACUAGGAAAAAAAACCUUUACGUGGGCUUUUAUUAGGGGCUAACUGGUUAAGGGAGAGCAAGAGAAUGUCUCUGUCCCCCCUAUUUCCCUUCUUCCCCCCCAAGAAACGUUUGACACUCCGACUAGCUAGCUAGAAACUAAUAGUAAGCCGAGUUGAUUUCCAUUUGGCAGUGAAAUUCAAGGAUUGGCCGGGGAUUACUUGUCUUUGCAUGAAGUCGCCCACACCAUUCCAGGAUGCAGGUACAGCCCAGCUGGUCGUAACUUUUACACUCAUGGCGUGGCAUUUUCCGUCCCAAAAGGUUCUCCCUGGCUUGAGGACAUCAACCGAGUUGUCACUCGGAUGAAAACUAACGGAAGUUUUCAGACGAUUGAAAAAGUGUAUUUCGAUAAGAAAAAAUGCUCUAGUCCUGCUGCCAAAGAACUGAGUAUACUCAACUUAUCUGGACUUUCCCUGACGGUAGCUGUAGCUGUAGCGGUUUGCUUUUCAGCACUGUUUGUAGAAGUGAUCAUCAUUUUCAUUUUGGCACGAAAUGGUCAGUACCUAGGGCAUGUUGGAAAAGUAUGCGUGCGUUUUUUAUUUAACCUGAGAAAAGGCGAAGAACACCUGAUAACUUUGAGUAAUUCUACAAUAAUGCAAAAACGGAGCUGUGUCAGGAUAGAGUGCAUAGAAACUGUGAAUGAAUAUCAACACAAUUCGAUUAAUGCACCAAUUGACUUGGAACAGCUACGGACGAGGAUGCCGGGCAGACAGAGGGAUAGUGUUUCUAGCGAUGAAAGAACCUCGAAUGCUCACUUCAAAGCUUUGAAUCUAACAAGCGGUUUCCAUAAUGCGAGUUUGACUUCAGAAGACGCAUCGUUUUAA